AUGGCUUCUCGAUACUACGCUAACCCGGCUGAGGCCAGGACCUUUGCCAAGGCUCUUCUAACCAAGUCCGGUCUUCCUGAAGACCAUGCCGAGCUGAUGGCCAAGUGCCUCGUCGAGGCUGAUACUCGUGGUGUUGACACUCACGGACUUGCACGAUUGCAACAAUACGUUGAGCGCGUCAGCAGUGGUCUAGUCAACGCCACUGCUAACAUCCAGAUUCACGAAAAGACCCCCGUUGCUGCUCAUGUCGAUGGAGACAACGGCUUCGGUUUUAUCGUGGCCUCCAAGGCUAUGGAGGAUGCUAUCCGCCGUGCCAACACCUAUGGAAUUGGUAUCGUCACUGCUGAACACUCGAACCAUUUCGGCAUGGCUGCCACAUAUGUCAACCAGGCUCUGGAUGCCGGCAUGAUCUCCCUCGUCUUUACCAACUCGGCCAAGCAGAUGCCCCCUUUCGGUGGAAAGGAGACUCUUCUCGGUAUCUCCCCGUUUGCUGCUGGCGCUCCGAGCCAGAGCGAAGUCCCAUAUGUUCUCGAUAUGGCCCCAUCCGUGGUUGCCAAGGGCAAGAUCAGGCGUGCCGCUCGCCGUGGUGAGAAGAUUCCCCUGGGCUGGGCCUACGAUAAGGACGGCAAGCCUACAGAAGAUGCCAACGAGGCUCUGAACGGCUCCAUGGCUCCAAUUGGUGGCCCCAAGGGCUCUGGUAUUGCCAUUCUCAUGGAUAUCAUGUCUGGUGUCCUCUCUGGCGCCGAAUUUGGCGGCACAGUUGGUGACCAAUACAAGGAGGCCCGUCCCCAGAACGUGGGUCAUUGCUUCAUCGCCAUCAAGCCCGAUAUUUUCAUGUCGGCCGAACAGUUCCGGGCUCGCAUGGACACCCUAGUACAGCGUGUUCACGGGGUCACGCCGGCUGAUGGCUUCAAGGAGGUCCUCUUCCCAGGUGAGCCAGAGUACCGCCUAGCUGUUGAGCGGACAAAGCAGGGCCUACCUUUCGCGGAUGCCGAAAAGCAGAUGUUUGAGGAUAUGGCAAGCAAGUAUUCUGUCACUCCUCUUGCUCUGUCUACCGAGCCUCUGAAUCUGUAA